AUGGCGGAGUAUCAGCUUGGCUUAAAUACCGAAGAGAAGAAGAGAAGAUCCAACUGGACCCGUCAAGAGGAGACAAUCCUUAUCGAAGAGGUGAACAAGAGGGAGAGUCUCCUCUUCGGAAAGCUCGACGGGUCCAUUCGGACAAACAAGAAAAAAAUAAGUGCCUGGGAAGACGUUGCGGCGAUUGUGAACUCAAACGGCAACUCAGAAAUCAAAUCAGUCGCUGAAAUGAAAAAGAAAUACCAGAACAUCAAACAGAAAGCCAAAGCUAAGAGGAGCAAUGCCAUGCGGCCCCCAACUGGAGGUGGACCCCGCCCAGAGUCUCCUACAACCCCUGAGCAGCUUGUGCUACAGAACCUGGAGGGCAGGCCCAGUCUCUGUGGCAUAUCCGGCGGCAUUGACUCAGACAUUCCUAUGACUUAUGAGAGUUGUGACACAGAGGCGGCGGCAGAGGAACCAGAAUCCACGCAGAUGUUUUCAUCAAUUGAUACCUCAUUUGUAGAUUUUUCUUUUAUUGAUACCAGUAUUGUUAACCAACCAAAAUCAAAACCUAGGACUGAAGAAUUGAUUUUGAAAGAAGAACUAGAAAGGGUAAAGGAAAAUAGAGUUCUCAUUCAGGAACAGACUAAAUUGGCAAAGUUACAGCAGCAGUUGGUUUUGCUACAAAUUGAAAAUGCCAAAAAAUCUUUUUGA